CAUACAAUAACACGCUGCGUAUCCACGCUCUGCCGGAGUUGGCGGGUACGAGGGAGGCGCUGGAUGGCUUUUGUCUGUAGCUUUACGCAAAAACGAGAAGAGUGUCCUUUUAAAAUAGAUAUUACAAUUUGAUAUUUACAUAAGAUAAGCACUAACAUUUUUUAGAUAAACCAUUGGUAUCUUACUGGUUUUAAUUUGAUAAAAUUAACUCAAUUUCAGACAAUUCAUUCAUUCGAGUCAAUUCUCUGUAAAGCUGUGUUGACAAGGAACCCGCUGGUUCCACUGCCUUCUCCCAGCCCGAAAAUGAGCGAGCCUACCACUGCAGCUACAGAACCCCCUAGUGAUGUGACCCCCAGUGUUACUACUACUACUGGUGUUACCACUGACGGUGUAGAUCAACUUUCUUCUAAUGCAAACGAGCCCCCCAAGGAAGAGGUAAAGUUGGCGGCAACAGCAGGGAAGAAGCAGACCAAGAAGAAGGUGGAGGAGGUGGUAGAGGAAGAGGAGGAGGAAUAUGUGGUGGAGAAGGUGCUGGACCGACGGGUGGUAAAGGGACGCGUGGAGUUUCUGCUCAAAUGGAAAGGCUUCUCAGAUGAGGACAAUACAUGGGAACCGCAGGACAACCUGGAUUGCCCUGACCUGAUUGCUGAGUACAUGCAGAAUCAUCAUAACAAAAAAGAAAGUUACAAGAAAGAGUCUGGUGGCAAGAGGAAAGCUGGCGAGUCUGACACAGAGGCAGGGGGUGAAGAAGGCAGGCCCAAGAAGAAGAAAGAUGAGGCAGAGAAGCCCAGAGGCUUUGCUCGUGGACUUGACCCCGAACGGAUCAUUGGAGCCACAGACUCCAGUGGAGAGCUGAUGUUCCUCAUGAAAUGGAAGAACAGUGAUGAGGCGGACUUGGUGCCGGCCAAGGAGGCCAACAUUAAAUGUCCACAGGUGGUCAUCUCCUUCUACGAGGAGCGUCUGACAUGGCACUCCUACCCCACCGAGGAGGAAGAGAAGAAGGAUGAGAAGAACUAGCCACAGGUCCAGGAUGAAGGGGGAGGGGGUUUAGAGUGGAGGGGUGGGACAGAGAAGCUGAUUAGUUUCAAAACCCUUCUUUCUGCAAACCCGGACUGUUGAAACUUAAACAGAGGUUGACAGAUGGGUAGGGAUGAUGGGAAGACUUGUCAAGGAGUUGGGUUGGGGGGCAUGGGUAAAUAGAACUCGCAAGUCUCAAGAUCAUUUUAUCAGGCCUCACUUUUGGGUCUUAUCAGCUAGGAUCAUGGGAAAUGUCGUUUUCAGUCCCUGAGCACUGAAUUGCUUCAAAAUCACCAGCCUCCUCUUACUGUAGCUUCGCCUCAGAAAAGCUUUUGUCAAGAUACACUUUUGAGUUAGCAAGGUAUUACUACAGCAGCUGAGUUUACAAAAUGGAAUGGUCAGAUUCCAAAACAUGAUCCAGCAAAAGUUCUCAGCUAAUUCAAUUGAAAUAGCCAAUCUUAAUUUCCAGUUUUCUUGCGUGAAAUGUUGAAGUUGAUUUCUAGUCAGAGCAUUAUCUUGUACCUACACAAGAUAAUCGAGCAACUUGCGGUGCUUUUUGUUUCUCUUUCUACUUUUUAAGAAACUCUGUUUUAAGUGUUGGCACCUGCCUUCCUUUGCCAUAUCAUUAUCAUAUAAUGUGUAAAUAGUUGUGGUUUUAUUUGGUUAGUUUUAUUUGGUUAUGAGUGCGAUCUAAGAAGAAGGAUUCUAUUUGAGUGUUUUGGAUUAGUUAGUCUGGAUUCUGGUCUUUAAGUGUUACGCAUAGGAGGUAUAUAGAGUUGUGAACAAUGGUAUGGAGCAGGGUGUCCGUUAGGAAAGCGUGGUGCUGGACAUUUGACUGGCAGCAUUUUAAUUUACCGGACAUUUGAGAAAUGUAUCCGACCCAUAUGCAUUGGGUGCGUAACCUGAUUAGGGAGUACAGCCACAGUGCUCAGAAUGACAGAAAUCACAUUUAGAUUAUGGUAAUUCAUCUAAAAAUAACAUACAAAUCGAGGAUGCAAUGGCGUGCAUCCUUACCAAAUUCCGAUGCGCACUUUGAAGAUGUUAGAAUAACUGUCCACAUUUUACUUUUCCUCAGCCAACAAGAUGAGUAAUGAACAGCAAAA